AUGCCUCCAAUUAAGAAGCGGCCUCUAAGAUUAUACUUAUCGGCCGCUGAUGAAUCUAUUAGAACUCUUCUAGCUCAAAAUAAUGAAUGGGGAAAGGAGCAAGCCAUUUAUUAUCUAAGUAGGGUGCUCACUCCAAUGGAAUGUAGGUAUACUUUCAUUGAAAAGUUGUGCCUUUCCUUAUACUAUGCGGCUAUGAAGUUAAAAACAUAUAUGUUGUCGGUGGCCGUAUAUAUCAUUUCUCAAACAGAUUUGAUCAAGUAUAUGCUAUCAAGGCCUUUAAUCACUGGAAGUAUUGGAAAGUGGUCAUUGGCCUUAAUGGAGUUUUCUUUUAAGUAUAUUCCACAAAAAGCAGUCAACGGAAGGGUGGUGGCAGAAUUUCUAGCGGACUAUCCUUCCACCAAGAUUGAUUCAGAAAUAUGUGAUGAGGUGGAUAAUCUCUACCUUGAUUAUACACCUUGGACUCUCAUGUUUGAUGGAUCGAGCACUCAUGAUGGAGGAGGGGCUGGAAUAGUCAUAAUUUCACCAAAGGGGAAAAAAACCACAUUUUCUUUCUUCUUGGAUUUCAAGUGUACAAAUAACCAAGCUGAGUAUGAGGCGCUAAUUAUUGGGCUGGAAAUCCUAUUGGAGCUAAAAGUGGAGAAGGUCCAGAUUAUUGGAAAUUCAAAUUUGAUACUCAGCCAACUUUCUGAAGAAUAUAAGUGUCUUAAUUGGCAUUUGAGGCCUUUCCAUUCUUUGGCCUUGGAAUUACUUUGCCAGUUUGAUGACUUCCAACUCAAAUAUUGGCCAAGACAUUUGAAUACAGAGGUUGAUGAUUUAGCACAGUUGGCUUCCAGAGUGAAAGUCCCACCGGGUGUAGAAGAAACUUUGAUCACAAUCAAAAGAAAGACUAUCCCUUCUAUAGAGUCACGGUAUGAGAUGGCAGGUCACUUCCCAGCUGAUGAGCUAGAAAGGAUCAAGCCUGCCAAGAAAAUAUGGGAAUUUUCAAUGUUGAUAUAG